AUGUCGCUGGUGGCGGCGCUGCAGACCGGGGGAGAAAUGGCCAGGCGCGGAGGUCGUGCCCUCCUCGGAAAGGAGCUCCAAGCCCGCAUGUGCUCCUGCUGGGCUCCCGCUACUCCGCCUGCCACCAGCCACGGCGGGGAAGCCUAUGCACCGAGCAGCUGCAAGGCUGGUUGCCCUGGGUUCAGCAGCGACUCCUGCCAGCCCGUUGGCUGGUGCAGGCAGCCAGGGGCUAUUCUGUCUCGGUUUUCUCGCAGGCGGUGGGGCGUGGGCACCACCCUGGUGCCCUCGGGGCACGGUUACAGCUGCCGGAUAUCGAAAGCUUGCAUGCAUCAACUCAGACCGUGCCAGGGACUUGGUGCUUGCCUGGCCCUCCCACGCUGUUGGUACCAGGGUGUUGACACCUUUAUGAGCCGAAAGGGUCCGUGUCAGACCUUUUGCAGCAGCUUAGCCCACCCAAGCUCUACUUGCCAGUCUCAUAGUGCCACUCUCAGGUCACCUUGGCCUAUGAAGAUCCUGUUAAGGACAUACAGCCAGUCAGUCACUGGGCAACAUUGUGCCAGUCUACCUUGGUGGCCCAAGCAGCCGGCUUCUUCCCUUGUCCCCGCUCCAAGAGUGGGCAAGCAUAGUUACCAUGCCAGUCGCCCAGCAGGUACUGAGUGCCACGUGGUGGAUCUGCGCAGUGACACUGUGACUCAGCCGAGCCCCGAGAUGAGGCAAGCUAUGGCCCAGGCAGAGGUGGGGGAUGAUGACUACGGGGAGGACCCCACGGUCAAUGGUGAGUCUGGGUGAAAAGGGGCAUCCCUGGGGCUGUAAGGCUCUGCAAAGGGCUCCAUGCUGCCACAGGCUAGGGUACAGCUGUGCCUAAUGCUGUGAAGCAAGGCUGCUCAUUUUCAAGACCCAGCUGUAAAAGCAAUGGCACUGUGAAUGCCAGAUAUUUAUUUUUGUUAUUUGUUCUUCUUAUUAAAUUGGUAUACUGCCCUUCAUGGGAUGCGGGUGGUGCUGUGGGUUAAACCACAGAGCCUAGACUUGCUGAUCAGAAGGUCAGCAGUUCGAAUCCCCAUGACGGGGUGAGCUCCCGUUGCUCGGUCCCUGCUCCUGCCAACCUAGCAGUUCGAAAGCACGAAGUGCAAGUAGAUAAAUAGGUACCGCUCCGGCGGGAAGGUAAACAGCAUUUCCGUGCGCUGCUCUGGUUCGCCAGAAGAGGCUUAGUCAUGCUGGCCACAUGACCCGGAAGCUGUACGCUGGCUCCCUCGGCCGAUAAAGCGAGAUGAGUGCCGCAACCCCAGAGUCGGUCACGACUGGACCUAACGGUCAGGGGUCCCUUUACCUUUAUACUGCCCUUCAUCCAAAGAUCACAGGGCGAUUCACAACAUAAAAAUGCAAUACCUUCCAGGGAAAAUGUUGCCUUUGGAGGGGAGCAGAUGGAAAGAGCCGCCCUGAAUAUUUUAUGGAAAGACAGGUUCUACACCUGGAUUUUGUUUAUUGUCAUAUAAUAUAUAGUUUCCUGUGGCUUUAAGGGCCAAUGUUGGCUGCUGGGUUUCUGUCUCCAUGAAGAAUUAAUCUAAGCUCCAUGGGUGAUUUUAACGUGCCUAGUCUGCAAAUGCUUGUGCCAUAAUAAAAUCGUUAGCCUUUGAAGUGUCACAAGUCAUUUUGCUGUUGUUUUUAAGAGAUUACCCCUCUGGAAAUUGCCCCAAACUUGUCUGAAAGGAGCUUGUUCAUGGGAAUAAUAUUCAGUCCACUUACGUUUUGCUUAUAUUACUGGCUGAAAUAUUUGGGGGUGUAUGUAAAAUAAACCCAUUGCCAAAACGUGAUGCUGAUCAUUAUAUAUAUAUUUUUUUAAAAGCCAAGAGAGACUUCAGCAACCUGGAGUAGGAGGUGUUAAAACUCAAAUAUCCUGAUUCUGUGAACAGGCUCACAGUUGUGAACUUCUGACAUCACACCCACCCCUUGCACUAUCUGAAACUCGAGGGUGGCAUCUUCUUGUCCUUGUGUUCUUAUUUCCCCCUUCAGAACUGCAGAGAGUAGUGGCUGAUCUCCUUGGAAUGGAAGGGGCCUUGUUUGUUCCCACAGCCACCAUGGCAAACCUCAUUGCUGGUAAGUCUCAUAAGAAGCAAUCGGAGCUGAUUCCCCUUGCAGCCCCUCGUACCACCUUCCAUCCUGUUCUGGAAGGUCCCCCAACGCUUUAGAGUUGAUUGGGUGGGGGCGGUGCCAUGGUGAUCUCCGCUUCUCCCAUUGGCAGAUGCCUCCACUGGAUCAGAGCCCUUAUUUACACCAGGCAUAUAAAUACAUAUGUGCUCUGCCUAUAACUUUAAUGCCCUCUGUUUUAUUAUUAUGUAAUUAAACCACAGAGCCUAGGACUUGCCGAUCAGAAGGUCGGCGGUUCGAAUCCCCGCAACGGGGUGAGCUCCCAUUGCUUGGUCCCUGCUCCUGCCCACCUAGCAGUUCGAAAGCACGUCAAAGUACAAGUAGAUAAAUAGGUACCACUCCGGCAGGAAGGUAAAUGGCGUUUCCAUGCACUGCUCUGGUUCGCCAGAAGCGGCUUAGUCAUGCUGGCCAUAUGACCCGGAAGCUGUAAGUCGGCUCCCUUAGCCAAUAAAGCGAGAUGAGAGUCGCAACCCCAGAGUCGGUCACGACUGGACCUAAUGGUCAGGGGUCCCUUUACCUUUACCUAAGUCUCCUUGUAAGGGCUAUGCCCUAAGACUCAGUCAUAAAAAACCCACAAAUAGCCCCACCUACCCCUGAAUGAAGCAAUCAGGAGGGAGAGUUUCAUUUUGGGAAUUGUUCUAGUUCUGUUUUUAUUAUUUCUGUUAUUGCUGUAUUUUUCACCCCAAAGGAUGCACUGCCCUAUAGGACGCACCUAGUUUUUUGGGGGGGAAAUAAAGGGAAAAAAAUUAUCUCCCCCCCAGGCAUGGGGCUGGCGUGGGGGAAGCCCAGAACAGCCUGCUAUCCGCAAGCCUAGGGAGCCGCGCCGGUCUCCCCAGGCUUGCAGAGAGCUGCACGAAGCCCGGGCGUGCUCUUCAGCUCACCCGAGGCUUCGGAAUGCAGGCAGCUCUGCGCAACCCUCCGGAGCCCAGCGCGGCUUGGCGCCAGUCACCUUUUCUUUUCUUAGCCUAACCUACCUCGCAUGGUUGUUGUUAGGAUGAAAUAGGGAGGAGAACCACGUACACCACCUUGAGCCUGUGGGUCAGGGAUGAUGGGAGUUGUAGUUCAACACCUUCUGGAGGGCCACAGGGUUACCAGCAUUGAUGGCAGUACAGCACCAUCAAUGUACAAGAAAAAUGUACACCAUCAACCCCCUGCCUAAGAGGCUUUCUCUAGCCUUAGAAUUACUAGGCAAAACAUUUUUGACUGUGAGCUGAGAGCUCCUAACUGCUGCACUCUUAAAAGGUGCUGGAGAAAUUGGAAUAAGCGUUACUGACUGCUUCAGCUCCGGGAUCUCCUAGCAGUGAUGAAAGCAGCAGCGAAGCAGGCAGCUUGGUUAGCUCAGUUGGUUAGAGCAUGGUGCUGAUAGUUGCUAAGGUUGCAGGUUCGAGCCCUGUAUGGGACAGCUGCAUAUUUCUGAAUUGCAGUGGGUUGGACCUGAGGGUCCGUUCCAACUCUGUUGUCGUUAGUCGUGUCCGACUCUUCGUGACCCCAUGGACCAGAGCACGCCAGGCACUCCUGUCUUCCACUGCCUCCUGCAGUUUGGUCAAACUCAUGCUGGUAGCUUCGAGAACACUAUCCAACCAUCUCGUCCUCUGUCGUCCCCUUCUCCUUGUGCUCUCCAUCUUUCCCAACAUCAGGGUCUUUUCCAGGAGUCUUCUCUUCUCAUGAGGUGGCCAAAGUAUUGGAGCCUCAGCUUCAGGACCUGUCCUUCCAGUGAGCACUCAGGGCUGAUUUCCUUCAGAAUGGAUAGGUUUGAUCUUCUUGCAGUCCAUGGGACUCUCAAGAGUCUCCUCCAGCACCAUAAUUCAAAAGCAUCAGUUCUUCGGCGAUCAGCCUUCUUUAUGGUCCAGCUCUCACUUCCGUACCUCACUACUGGGAAAACCAUAGCUUUAACUAUACGGACCUUUGUUGGCAAGGUGAUGUCUCUGCUUUUUAAGAUGCUGUCUGGGUUUGUCGUUGCUUUUCUCCCAAGAAGCAGGCGUCUUUUAAUUUCGUGUCUGCUGUCACCAUCUGCAGUGAUCACGGAGCCCAAGAAAGUACAACUCUACUUUAUAUAGUUGUGGAGAGGAUCACUAUGACAGAUUAAUCCUCAUUUUCUCUUGCCAUCUCACUCUUAGUUCCGUGUUUCCCCUAUCCCCACUAUAGACCCCCCCAGUUCUCACCCUUGUCCUCUCUUACCAUAGUCAUGUGCCACUGUCGCCAGCGAGGGGCGCAGCUCAUGCUUGGGAGGGAAUCCCACAUCCAUGUGUUUGAGCACGGAGGGAUUGCACAGGUAAGUGAUGCUGGGAGUUGACCCUGAAGCACUGGCCAUCACCUAAGCCCACUGUGCCUCUUUCUACCCAUAUUCCAUCUCAUAAACGAGGAACCAGAGAAAUGGCAAAGGUCAUGUACUUACAGCUGCUGAGCCAAAUGUGGUCACAGUCUCGCAAAGGGGCCAUGGGGACGCAGCUGUCUAGGGCUUUACUCAAACCUUGGCCAGAGGAGUGAGAAGCCUGGUGAUGUGCUUCCCUCUAGUGGCCAUUAGCACAAGCUGCCUCCUCUUCUCCUUGGGUAGUAACAGUUCCAGACUUCAUGCACAAGUUUCUCUGUGCUCAGCUCAAAAUAACAUUGUGUGAAGAUUGUUCCAUUACUAAAGGACCAAAUAGGAAAUUGUCUUCCCCUUUCGUUCUAAUGAUUUGCCUUGUUACCUCCUAUGAUGUUUUGUUUUUUUUAGCUGACCCCCCAGAAUGCUUGCAUGUUAUGCCUGCAAAUACCUUCUCAGAACAGUCUUUUCCACUAAGCUUUUGAAACGAACUCACUGAUCCAAUGUUGAGAAUUGGAGAGUAUAAGCACCCCGUGUCUUAGUCUUAGAGCCCUGGAUUUUCUCUGCUGGUAAUUUAAAAGGAGCUGGAACCCUGGGCACAGGAGAUUAAGCUAGGUGAUGUUGAUUCCUUCUAGGUAUGGGAUAUUUAUUGACUCCUCAUGCCUCGCCACCCACCGACAGAUGCUUUAGUGAUUUGUCCCUUUGUUAUAUUUUGCAACGCUUCCAUUGCUGCAAUGCUAGUGCAUGGGUUUUGAAUUCAAUUGAUCCAACCAAGGGAUUUCCCCCUUGUGAGUAGAAAGCUAUUUGCGGUCCUUGCAUGAAUCAGUAUUUACAGGAAGCUGCCUUGGGGAUUCUAACACUUUCUGCAUUAUCAGCAGGUUGCCCCAUUUUCUGUUCUUCCAUAUGCUUAGCACGGGUUGCUGUGUGUCUCUGGCACUCAGAUCCUGAAUCAGUGGUCCCAAUGACCGCAGCAGGACUAAAAUAUAUUUAAUGCAUUUUAGAACCUAGAUGCAAGACUAACAUGCUAUGACUUCUGCCUUUAGAUAUGAGCACAACACAAAAUCUGCAAAGCAACAUUUUGGGUUGAGGUUGCUUCCACCUCCAAAACUACUACUUCUGUGUAUUAAUCCAUUUAAAUAAGCCCAAACUCCAGCCCUCCUAACUUUCCAAAAGAGUUAUUGGCAGCACUUGCCUCUGCCUCCUAUCAGCUCCCCCCAUAAGUCUCCUACCCACCUAGGCAGCCCAAACACAACCUCUCUGCCUUACAGUGCAAGGCUAGGCUUGUUUGCUCUGAAUUAAGCCCCGCCUUGUUCAAUGGGGAUAUAAUUGCAGCUUUCGUUUUGCUUGAUUAGGAAGCAUCAGGAUUUUUCUUGACCAAAGAACCUUCUCAAAGGUUCUGAAGUGUCUGUUCCCUACUGUGAUAAGAAUUUUAAGGUCUUAGAUAUAUAAUAAAUGUUUAUAAAUGUACCAGCCAAGCAUGUACAUAGAUCAGUGCAGGAAGACCGACCUGAAACCAUUUUUGAUUCCCAAACUGACCAAAUGUUUUGUCUGCAAGGUCAAAGGAAAAUGGAAAAGCCUCCCCAUUGACUUUUCCUUCACAAAUUCUGUCUUAAGGGUAUGUCUGUGUUUGAAUAGGAUGAGCCUGUGACCUGGUUCAGGAACUAAAUAUUUAUCAUUACAAAAGACUGGCCAGGCUCCUCAGGGUAUCCAAUCAAGUGAGCAUUAACAGGGAACCUGUCAGAUGAGAUAAACAACACACUCAGAUUUCUGCUGUAGACUGCUUUUUCUGUGAUGUAUGUAUGAUGUAUGGAGGGGUGGUCUUGAGCUCCAGGGUAGGGAAUUUAAAAUGUCUAUAAAAGGGCAGGCACACUUUUGUUCUGGAUUCCUCCUCCCUUCCUGCAUGUGAGGGGAGCACCCUGUUGCAACAGAUCAAUAAAGAUCAGGCUUACUAGCUGCUUUGCUUCUCAGUAUUCUCUGGUUGGCCUCUGUUAUUCUCUCCUACCAAUAGGGAACCUACGUAAGGACUCUAAAUGAGCUCUUGGAUACCCCAUAAGGGAAAAGGGCAGAUUUUUGUUUACAGCACUACAAGACCAGAUGGCUUCACUAUCACAAACAGCCAGGGGCCGUGGCUCAUUCGGAGAGGUUGCAUAUGUGCUUGUGCCUUUCCAUAAAGAACUUGGUUUUCAACCCAACUGGGUACCACAUAUUCACAUUCGCCACAAACAGCAUCAAAGUUAAUGUAAAAGCUUUUAUCAGCAUGAGGCAUUUAUCAUGUACAGGCUUCGCCUGAGGCCACCCACCCACUUUGUUCUCACCCAGGUGGCGGGAGUCCAUUCAGAGGCACUACAGGACCUGCCCAACGGGACCAUCAAUCUGGAUGAACUGGAGCAGAAGAUCCAGCGGGCCCACCAAAGCCAGUACCACCCCCGCCCUGAGCUCAUUUGCCUCGAGAACACGCACAGCUCGGCCGGGGGAAGGGUGCUGCCCCUUAAGUACCUGCAAGAGGUGAGUACCAUGAGUCAUUCAUCCAGACUCAACCCAACAGACUGGGAGAGCCUGGAUAGCUCAGCAGGUUAGAGCAUGGUGCUGAUGAUGCCAAGGUUGCAGGUUCAGUCCCCGUAUAGGACAGCUGCGUAUUCCUGCAUUGCAGGGGGCUGGAGACGAGACGAUCCUCACUGUCCCUUUCAACCCUACGAUUCUGUGACUAUUUCAGAAAAUUCAAUAGUCUUUUCGUUGUGGUGGGUAUUGUGAGCAAUAGUGGCUGUAGUAGGAGGAAUAACAUUUUAUUCAUUCAAGUACUUUCAGUGUUUGUAUUUAUUUAUCAAUAUUUUAAUAGUUGUGUUUAUUUAUACAAUAAAUAAAACUUUUUUUAAAAAAAAUCUUGCAGUGUAUCUCGACUCCACCCAAAAUGCAUGCAUGUGUAGUGGAGGGUGGAGGGUUUCCCCACCCCACCCCCACUUUUCACCUUAAUCCACACUUCCGGGAUGCUUACUGUUGGCUUCCCCAACCCUUAUCUCGUUUCCUUCUCCCACCCCUACUGUCACCCUUAAGCCGGCACAUCUACAUUUGGUAAAGCCUUGGAAAUUCAUAGGUCCUUGUCAGGCCAUUUUGGGAGGUUUUAGUCAUACCUCUAUACUUAGGGAGGGUAUCUCUAGAUAUAUAUUGACCCUAUUUUAGCGGGGGGGGGGGCUCCUUGCUUUAAAAAAACUCUUUGCAACUGCCAGGCACUGCACCACCCACGUUUGUUAUUAGAGGAAGCGAUGAUGAUAAAGGAAGACCCCCAGCUUAGCACCCCUUGGCUGGGCUCAAGGACACUGAGCAAUCUCCUCUGAUCAUAGGAGCCUGCCCGAUACCAGCAGUAACCCCAGUAACCUGCAAUGCCCCUAAGAAAGGCCACCAGCUCUGGGACGUCUUCCCCUCUGCCUGUCGCAAGCCAGGCUUCCUCAACCUCGGCCCUCAAGAUGCUUUGAGACUUCAAUUCCCAUCAUCCCUGACCACUGGUCCUGCUAGCUAGGGAUGAUGGGGGUUGUAGGCCAAAAACACCUGGAGGACCGAGGUUGAGGAAGCCCGCUUUAAGUUGUUGGCUGAGCUCCAUUCUCUACACAGGUGCACCAGGUAGCCCAGCGAUACGGGCUGCGGAUUCACAUGGAUGGCGCCAGGGUGCUUAACGCUGCCGUGGCCUUGGGAGUGCCGCCGGCUCAUAUCUCGCAGCACUGCAACUCCAUCUCCCUGUGCCUCUCGAAGGUAGGUGGUUUCUGCUGUGGCUCUGAACAGGGUGGAUUUCGGGGAAGAGUGCAACCGCAGUACCUGCGAGGCUCACCUAACCGUGGGGACUUAGGAAGCUGAGCCAGACCGCUGCCCCAUCCAGCUAAGUAUUGCCUACACGGACUGGCAGCGGCUCCCCAGGAUUCCAAAAAGGGGCCCCUCCCAGCCUUACCUGGGGACUGAGCCGGAGACCAUCCACCUGCAAAGCAGAACUGCAAUCCUUCCCUGGCAACGUGUUUGAAACCUCUGCAAUCCGUCCUUGGAUUUGCAGCAGAAAUCAGCAGGAUUCAAACAAAGCUAGAUAGAGGCUAGUGGAAGGGGCUGUGCAAGAGCUUCUCCACGCAGAGUCCCCAGAUGGGGGGGCCGAGAGGUUUAGGAUUCUCCAUAGCCUCCACACUGGCUAACCCCAUCUUUUCUCUUUUCGAUGACACAGGGUGUGGGAGCACCAGCCGGGGCACUUCUGGUUGGAAGCGGAGAGCUGAUCGCCGAAGCCUGGCGCGUGCGGAAGCUCCUCGGGGGUGGGAUGCGCCAGGCAGGGGUCCUGGCAGCCGCUGGCCUGGUUGGAUUGAGCCAUGUGGAGGAGACGCUGAAGAGGGAUCAUCACAAUGCCAGACACUUCGCCCAAGGUGCCUGUUCUGUGAGGCCGAGGGAGGGAUUGAUAACGCCUAACCUCUGCUGGGGGGACGCGGGUGGCGCUGUGGAUUAAAUCACAGAGCCUAGGACUUGCCGAUCAGAAGGUCGGUGGUUCGAAUCCCCGCGACGGGGUGAGCUCCCGUUGCUCGGUCCCUGUUCCUGCCAACCUAGCAGUUUGAAAGCACGUCAAAGUGCAAGUAGAUAAAUAGGUACCACUCAGGCGGGAAGGUAAACGGCGUUUCCAUGUGCUGCUCUGGUUCGCCAGAAGUGGCUUAGUCAUGCUGGCCACAUGUCUGCGGACAAACGCCGGCUCCCUUGGCUUAUAGAGCGAAAUGAGCGCUGCAACCCCAGAGUCAUCCGCCACCAGGCCUAAUGGUCAGGAGUACCUUUACCUUUACCUUAAACCUCUGCUGGGUGAUCAAGGCUCACCACCCCUUUGCUGACACAUGGUGCCCCCUUGAGCCAAGGCUCUGAGGGUAUAUUUCUCCAGCUCCUCCUAUGCUGGGGUCAGCUUUCAGUUCAGAUUUCAGCAGGCCAGCCCUCCCUGUUACUGGGUGAGGAUCUCUCCCUAUUCCCUAUACACCCACCCAUUUAUCCUGUCGUUUGAUAACUUAUCCCCGCUCGCCAUUUUAAACCUCAAAGUGUUUUCCCUUUACAGGUGCCUUUGCCCUGGGCUCACCUCUCUGCUCCGUAAACCCCGCCACCGUGGAGACCAACAUCGUCAUGGCAACCGUCUCGGCUCCCGGGCUGACCCCAGCCAAGCUGUGUGAGCUGAUGGAGGCCGUGAGUGAGGAGGAGGUGGCCGCCACAGGCCAAGCCGUCAGCGUGAGGCUCUUCCCGUGGGGCGAGCGUUGCCUGCGCGCCGUCUGGCACUGCGACGUCUCCCUCCGAGACACGCAGCUGGCUGAGGGCAAGUGGCGCUUUGUCCUGGGCAAGUGGGAGCAGCAAAGUGCCGGCGUACCCUGA